CCCCCGAGUACACGUGAAGUUAUUUUGGUUCUGUUUGUUUAGGAUCUACUUCGUACAAGAUCAGCAUGUCUUUUGUGCCAGUAAGCCCUGAGAGUCAUUUCCCAUUACAAAACCUUCCUUAUGGGAUAUUUUCUACAUCUGAUAACCCCCGUCCUAGGAUUGGUGUUGCAAUAGGAGACCUUAUACUGGACCUGACACAAGUUAAACACUAUUUCACAGGCCCUGCAUUAAAGCAGUACCAACAUGUAUUUGAUGAGCCAACACUGAACAGUUUCAUGUCCCUGGGCAGGCCUGCCUGGAGAGAGGCCAGGGAGACACUGCAGAAGCUUCUGUCUGCUGGGGAACCCACACUCAGGGAUGAUGCAGAGCUUAGAGCCAGGUGUUUUGUACCACAGAGCAGUGCUACUAUGCAUUUACCUGCUAAAAUAGGAGAUUAUACAGAUUUUUAUUCAUCAAAAGACCAUGCAACAAAUGUAGGAACAAUGUUCAGAGGAAAAGAAAAUGCCCUCAUGCCUAAUUGGACCUGGCUUCCUGUUGGCUAUCACGGUAGAGCCUCCUCAGUGGUCGUGUCAGGGACACCCAUAAGACGACCUAAUGGCCAGCAAAGACCUGAUGAAACCAAGCCACCAGUGUUUGGUCCCUGCAAAUUGAUGGACAUAGAGCUAGAAAUGGCUUUCUUCACAGGCCCUGCUACUCAGUUGGGUGAACCCAUACCUAUCUCCAGAGCAGAAGACCACAUCUUUGGAAUGGUGCUCAUGAAUGACUGGAGUGCCCGUGAUAUUCAAAAGUGGGAGUACGUCCCAUUAGGACCUUUCCUUGGCAAGAAUUUGGGUACAUCUAUCUCCCCCUGGGUGGUAACUAUGGAUGCACUAGCUCCCUUCAAGUGCCCAAACGCUAUACAGGAUCCUGAACCCCUUCCAUACCUAAAGCAUAAUGAUCCCUAUACCUUUGAUAUUCAGCUGGAAGUAGCUCUUAAGGGUGAAUCCAUGUCUCAGCCAGCCUUGAUUUGUAGGUCUAACUUCAAGCAUAUGUAUUGGACUAUGAAGCAACAGCUGGCCCAUCACACUGUCACAGGGUGUAAUAUCAACCCAGGAGAUCUCAUGGCAUCAGGAACCAUCAGUGGACCAACUCCGGAUACAUUUGGAUCCAUGUUGGAAUUGUGUUGGAAGGGAACCAAGCCUAUGGAUCUGGGGAACGGAGAAACCAGGAAAUUCCUGCAAGAUGGAGAUGAGGUCAUCAUCACUGGCUAUUGUGAAGGUAAUGGUUGCAGAAUAGGGUUUGGGACAUGUGCUGGAAAAAUAUUACCUGCAUUGAAGAUUUGAAGUUAUUGUCUCAUAUAUAAAAAGGACCUAAUAUCAUAUGUCCAAAGAAAAAUUGCUUUAUUUAUGAAUAUAGAUAUAACUGAAUAUGUAGAAUUGAUUAUAUUUCAAUAUACAUUUCCAUGUGAAUGCACAAAAUACUUCAUUGGCAGCUGAAAAUAUAAAGUGAAUGUUUGGGCUGAUUUUUAUCUUCAAGUCUGUCAAAAUGUCCAGUUUUAAAAAGUUAGAGGUGAUAGGAACAGACAACAAAGGAUUUUACUCAGCAUAUAUUUUUGUUGCACCUUUUUGUAUUUUAUAGCAAUGGUAAACAAUAUAUCACAGCACAAAGCUUGAGAAUGAGCGCUUCCAUGAUCUCUCAACAACCAGGGUUGUUACUCUGAUUUGAAUGAAUAUUUACUGUAAUUGAAUGUUCAUGUUUUUGAAAUGAGUGUUUCUUUUAAUUAGUUUAGAUAGAGGAAUGCUAUAGAUUAAGAUGAUUUUUCUGUGAAGAGUCACACAUGUUUUUUGCUAGAUUUAUUUUCAGUCAGCAAUUAAGUAUUGCCAAUAUAUCAUAUAAUCCUUGACAGGUAUUCUGUCAUAAAAAUAAAUUAGGUAACAGGUUUUAGCUAAUUUUUUUAAUGCACAAAGUUUGUUUUGCUACAUUUGUGUGGGAUAAAUCACAUUUUGAGUAGCUUUUACAUAAAUACUUUUCA